AUGAAUGCAUUAUCAGAACAUUUUAGUCAGAACAAGCAAAGAUUUAAAUUCUAUGUUGUUGUUAAAGGUAAAAAUCCAGGAAUUUUUCAUUCUUGGAUAGAAGUUUUAGAUUGCAUUAAAAAUUUCCCAGACCCUCUUUACAAAGGUUUUACAAAUUUUCAAGAAGCAUUAGAUGCAGCAAGACAGCAUAUAGGAAUAAAUUUUUAUUUAUCUCAUUCUUUAAAGAAUUAUUCUGACCCUCCAUUAGACUUCUCUCCAAACAAAGACCAGAAUAUUUUUUGCCAACAUUGUGAGUGUAUGCAGAGAAAUUACAAAGUUAUUAAUGAAGCCAACCAGAACUUCUCAUUAGAAAGAACCCAACUUCAAAAGAAAGUAGCCCAACUUGAAAAAGAGAUUUUGGAUUUAAAAGUCCAAUAUCCAACAGGUACUAUGGAGCCCAAGAAGUCCAUAGCUAGUCCAGGCCAAACGGUAGCUGGUAAAGACUUAUCAAAUCCGUUGAAGAUUGUGGAGUUACCAAAAGCCCAACAGACUCAGGGGACUGUUGAUUCCUCUACUAAAUCAGAUAAUCAGACUAAGCAGACUGAUAAUUCUGCUACAGAAAAAGGUAAAGAGAUUUGGGAUCUCUUAGGACAACCCAGUGGAAAAUUUGAUUACUUAAUAAAAUAUAGUCCACCAGAACAUUUUUCAUGA